UAUUUGCAUUUCCAUUGUUCUUUCCCACUGUACGUCAUGCCAAACACUGAUUCAACAAACUGUAGAACAUGUAGUAUUUUUUUUAUAACUCCUAUAGCUCAAAGUGUCAUGUACUAAUGUAUUUUAUGUUCCCUGUUCUUGUGUAUUUAUCCAGACAAUUUUACGUUACUAUUAAUGGUAUAUUAAAAUUAAACGGAAAAAUCGGAGAAACCACGUAUUUGAAAAUAUUAUGUCAUGUGGAUGGAAAUCCCGCCCCCCCCCCAUCCCCCGUCUAACUUACUCAGAGACUUGAAUUUAGACAGUGAAUAUGGCUGAACUUCACCAUAAACAAGGUAUAAUUAACCGAUACAAACAAGUAUAGGUUUAGUAGGAUUUCUACAAGAUACAGUUGUUCCAAUUUUUUAAACCUCCUCCACAUAUUAUCUAUUUAUCAAAUGAAAAGGUUCUUUUUUCAUGUUUUCUCAGUUAAUCUGUUAUGUGAUUCACAACGGAGGGUUUUUUUUUUCAAUCAUAAAAUAUGGUAACUCGUGUAAAAAUCUGUUAUAUAUGACCAAACGUUCAUUUGCUAUUUUUGUUGUUGUUGGAAAUAUGAUUUACUGAAACUUAAAACAACUUGCUUUCUGUGAUUUGCUAAACAACACUCACUGUAUCUACUUUUGACGGUUAUUGUAAAUCGAAUACACAUCAUUGCAGUAUAUCGUUCCUCUGUGUUUCAGACAGCCCUCAAACACCAAUAAACUUCACAGGAUACUCUUUCACAAAUAAUUUUGUCAAUCUUACGUGGAUUUCUGGAUUCAAUGGGGGCAACGAUCAAUUUUUCAUUGUGCAUUUGAAAGACGGUUCCACCUGGAGAGAAUUGACAAACGUAACAUACCAGAUGGAGGGUAGAAAAGUGCAAUUUGACCAUGGGCCACUGACGCCGGGAAGAGAAUACUGGUUUCGGUUAAAGAGUUGUAACACAAUUAACUGCUCGUCAACCCCUGCUGAUGUUAGAGCGGUUGUUAAAGGUGAACUGUGCGCUCAAUAUAAAGGAAAUCAAGAAAAAGCUACACCAACAGACGUGCUUGUUGGUAUCUGUAUUCUGUUAACAGUUUUUGGGAUUGCAUGCCUGAUAGUUGCUGUACUUGUCAUCUUCAAAACUCGUCGUGGAAAUGACGAUAGGUAUGACGAUCAUGAUGUUGAAUUAGAUGAAGAACACAUGACGCAACAUUAUGUUUAUGUACAAGAUAGCAGUGAAGAUGAUGACGCUGGAGUACAAGUUAUUGGCGUAGAAAUGGAUUACACAGUUAUGCAUAGUCGCUCUGAACAGGAAACGCCUUACGAGGAGUUAAACUCAAUUUAAACAUGUUAACAAAAAUCAACGUUUGGUCCAUGCUAUGUAAUUAAAUGUUAUUCAGGACAACAAUUGAUGAGUAACAUUCUAAACUCUGUUGACCGGUUACAGUGUAUCCUCUUCCUAAAAACGUAUUUGUGCAUGUGUUCGAUUACUCUAAUACU